GAGAACUUUUUUUAAAAAAUUUCACGUUAAUAGCCACAUCAAAUAAACACCAUUUAUAACGUCCAUACUUUACUUUUUAUACACUUUUGGAAAAUCUUUUUUUUUUUUUUCAGUUUCUAAUCAUUAUUAUUUCUCCACUUUUCACAUUUUCCUUUUUUAUUUCCAUCUAAAUUAUCAAUCAUAAAUCAAUCACUAAAAAUGCCAAGAUCCUUAAAAUUCUGUAAUUAAUACUACUUGUAAAUCAUAUCUGUUAUCUUCUAUGUAAACAAACAUUCUUUCCUUUUUUACCCUUCCAAUUAACUCUAUAUGUGGAAUUGUAUAAAAUCAAGGUUUCUCUAUAUAUAGUUAAUUUUUAAUUCUAUUCAACCUUUUCUUUAUUUUUAGUCUUGUAUUUAACUAUUUAUUCAUCUUAAAUCUUCUUCAUUUUUCUAAUUUCAUUUUCCUUCCACAUAUCCUUUUUUUUUCUUCUUGAAAAUAUGAUUUCUUUUUUCAAUAAAAUUCUUGUUUUUUUCUUCUUCUUCUUCUUCAUGGUUUUUAUUGAACUAGGAAAUGCAAGAAUUAUUAGUGAUUUUCAGUUUAAACAACAAAAAUUUCAUUUUCCAACAGUAUAUGUUGAUCAAUCUGGCCAUGGCAAUUUUGCAACUAUUCAAUCAGCCAUUGAUUCUGUCCCUCAAAAUAAUCAGAAUUGGAUUUGUAUUAUCAUCAAAGCUGGUCAAUAUAGGGAACAAGUGAAAAUCCCUAGAGAGAAUCCAUAUAUUUAUCUAAAAGGUGAAGAAUUUGGAAAAAUCAUUGUGACUUGGGAUGCUCAUGAUACAAUUGCUACUGAUGCAACUUUCACUACUGAAGCUGACAAUACAAUUGUGGAAAGUAUUACAUUCAUAAAUUCUUAUAAUUAUCCUCCAAAAAGCAACAAUAAUCCUAGGGUGGUGGCAGUUGCAGCAAUGAUUUCUGGAGAUAAAUCAGUAUUUUAUAAUUGUAAAUUUCUUGGAUUACAAGAUACAUUAUGGGAUGUUGAAGGCAGACAUUAUUUUAAACUUUGUACUAUGGAAGGAGCUGUUGAUUUCAUCUUUGGUAAUGGUCAAUCUAUUUAUGAGGGUUGUUUAAUAUCAGUAAAUGCAGAUGCAUUAGAUGGAUCAUUAGGUUACAUAACAGCACAAGGGAGAUCAAACCCUAAUGAUAAAAGUGGAUUUGUGUUCAAGAAUUGUGAUGUGAAUGGAAAUGGACAAACAUUUUUGGGUAGGCCAUGGAGAGAUUAUGCAAGAGUUAUUUUCUAUGAUUGCAACAUGUCUAGUGUUACAACACCUCAAGGUUGGGAUGCUGGAAAAUUUGUUGGCAAAGAGAAACAAUUGACAUUUGUUGAGGAAAAUUGCAAAGGAAUGGGAUCAAACAACUCAAAAAGAGUGCCAUGGAAAGCAAAAUUGAGCCAACAAGAGUUGCAACAAUUAACAAGUCUCUCUUUCAUUGAUGAUGAGGGUUGGAUUACCAAACAACCCUUGAAUAAAGUACUUCAAUAGUUUUUUCUAUGGGAAAACAAAGAUAUAGCCAAACCCAUAGUGUUUAUAAUUUUUUUUUUAUAGCCCCCAAAACAAAUUUAUAAAAGAAAAAAAGAUUAAGUAGCUUAGCCUAGAUAUAUAUUUUAUGGAUUCAUACAAUAGUAUUUGUUUCAUGAGAGAGUGCAAACUCGACUUUGAAAGUUUCAUUUGCUGCCCUCUCUCUGUCCUAUAACUUAUAAAGGAAAGAACGUAAACUCGACUCUAAAGUU